ACACGGUGAAUAUAAAUGUAUAAAAAGUCGACUGAAUGAUGUAUGAGUGCACUUUAUAAAACGCUUAAUUGCAGCAGUGUUUGUGAAGGAAGAAAGCCACGAGGCAGUUGAAUCAGGGCGGGAUCUUGUGACUCACUGACUUCCUCAGUAGGUUUAUAGUAACGCGUGGAGCUGAAGCGCUCUGUAACACGCUGCUGUAUGGCUGAGAGAAAAGCCUGAAGUUCCACACAGCACAGAGAAAGCGCUAGAAGGAAUAGACACCACACACAACAUUUGUUUGGUCAGACCUGCGACAGUGAAGCCGUGUAAUCGGCCUCCACGUAUUCGACUACCUUUUUGUUCUUCUUCUAGAGACUGACGUUGGCCAGGGAAACAUGAGCGAGCGCUUCGAUUGUGACAACUGCAAAGAAUCCUUGUACGGAAGGAAGUACAUCCAGGCGGAGGAGAAUCCAUACUGCAUCCCUUGCUAUGACAGCCUGUUUGCCAACACCUGCGAUGAGUGCAAAGAGCUGAUAGGCCAUGACGCAAGGGAGCUGUUCUAUGAAGAUAGGCACUACCAUGAGCACUGCUUCCGUUGUUUCCGCUGCGACCGCUCACUGGCUGAUGAGCCCUUCACCAGCCAGGAUGACUCUCUGCUCUGCAAUGACUGUUACUGCAACGAAUUCUCUUCCAAAUGUGUCGCCUGUGACAAGACUGUCAUGCCUGGUACUAGGAAGCUGGAGUAUGCCGGCAACACGUGGCACGAGGGCUGUUUCAUUUGCAGCAGCUGUAAGCAGCCUAUUGGCUCCAAGUCCUUCAUCCCAGAUAAGGAUGAUCACUACUGUGUUCCAUGCUAUGAAAACAAGUUUGCCCCUCGCUGCACUCGAUGCAAACAGGUCUUGGCCAAAGGGGGUGUGACCUACCGCGAUGAGCCAUGGCAUAAGGAGUGCUUUUUGUGUGCAGGCUGUAAAGUACAGCUAGCUGGCCAGCACUUCACCUCCCGAGACGACCGCCCUUACUGUCUUAAGUGCUUUGGAAACCUCUAUGCUAAGAAGUGUGAGGCCUGUAGCAAACCAAUCACAGGUUUUGGUGGAGGGAAGUACAUUUCAUUUGAGGAGCGGCAAUGGCACCAGUCUUGCUUCACCUGCACCCGGUGUUCUGUGUCACUUGUAGGAGCUGGUUUCUUUCCUGAGAGGGAUGAGAUCCUGUGCCGUGAAUGCAACAGCAAUCUAUAGAGCCUUCAUUUACACUCUUCUCUCCAUUCUGCCAACUACACACACACACACACACACACACACACACACACACACGCGCACAUGAUUACAGACUCAGAGUUUUCACAAAUACUGAUUGGCUCACAAAAGCUGUGUUGAUUACAAUAUCCCCGUUUGAUAUUAAGUCAGGGUUGUUUUCUUAAACACACGUGCGCGCACACACACACACACAUUUUGUUAGAUGGCGCAACAUGUUUUUUCUUAUAAGUUUUUUGUCUAAGAAGUUCCUUGUUUGCAAAAGAGCGACUAUGCAAGAUCAUGCUUGUUAGAACUCAAUCUAUUCAGAAUUGUGCCUUAUUAGUUAGCAUUGCUCACCCUGUGUGCUUUCACUUUAUAUACACUUUAUGCCAUCAUUGUAGGUCUUUUUUUAACCUCAAAGCAGAGAAUGCAGGCUCAGCGUAGAGUGCUGUGUUUCACUCUGUAUUCAUCAAACUGCAGAUGUCUUAGCUGCACUGCUUACUUUUUUGGGAUGGAAAGCAGUCCAUCAUUUUUUCCAUUCAGCAACAGUAGUGCUUAAGCAAUGCUUUAGAUAAACCACCAGAGCUCUCUCAUCCUAGGACUACAAACAGGCGAUGUAGCAAUUAUUAUAAAGACCUAAUCCAUCCAUUCUUUAUUUGUCCUACUCCCUGACUGUUAAUGGAGAGUUAAUUAUGAGUAGUUAGGGUAUAUGAUUACAACCUAUAAAACACCUCAGACAGACAGAUUCCUCCAUAAACAUCAAAGUGCUCUGGGGCCUGCUAGAUAUGUUCAUUUCCCAAAAAAAGACUUGAUUUUGUUGUAUUGGACUAAAUUAUUGGCCAUGAGAACACAUAUUUGGCAAGAAAUUGUAUCUGAAAUGUAUGAUCCAAGUCUGUUGAAGUUGAUAAAAAUGUUUGAGGUUUGUAGUAUUUAAGCACUUUUGAUGUGUUUCUUCAUUUGUUUUUGUUUCUAAGCAUAUUGUAUGUCAAAAUGCAUUAAUGGGUUAUUCCAAAAAAUGUGUCCAUGUAUAUAUCACACCAAAAAGUGACUUUUACAAAAUAGGUGGGAAAUGAAGUGUGAUGUGUUUUACAGAAAUCAUUCAUGCAUUUGCACUAUGGCUUGAAUUAAGCAUAUCUUGUGGACAGACAGUAGUAGUAGUAGUAGUAGUAAUAAUAAUAAUAAUAAUAAUAAUAAAUGAAAAGACGCCACAUGCAUACACUGCAUAUAAAUGGAAUACAGACCACUGCCUGAUUGCUGUUUCUCAAUUCUUUGUAUAAUCUUAGGUCUACUAUACACAUGCGCAAUACUUCUUUUUUCUUUAGUCUUUUACAUGCUAUGGGAUUUUAUUUUUUUCCUUCAAGAUUUAGUUUAGGUUCACAUUCAUUGAGUGACUGGGCAAGUCCCAUGAAAGUGUAUGUUGCAAUAUGAAUAUGUCAGCAGAAUGGUAUGCAUGCUGUUCUCAUUCUUUUUUUUUUUUUCCUUUCCAGUCUUUACCGUUCAUUGCUUUGUUACUGAAGAUAAUAUUACUAAUUUCACCAUAAAAUAUUUCUAAAUGUAUGUAUUCACUUUGAGCUUUGAUGCUGGCUAGUCAGAGUUAGCUAAUGCUUUUUUUUAUUGUUUAUAGAAAUAUGUAAUACAUUUAGAAUUAGGAAACAUGGUUUAAAACAAGAUUCUGUCUGAUCUAGAUGUUGGUUGUUUGUUAAUAAAUAUUUUAUAAAUUAAUCCAGUUUUGGUAUCAUAUUUUCUCUGCGAAAGAUUUAUCAGGAAGAGUCCUUAUCAAAUUCUGAUCAAAUUUGUAACACAACAGGCUUAUUUAAUUUAAGAGAUAAUUUAAUGAUAUCGUAAGUGAAGUCUGUAGCUUUAAUGGUGAUGUUCCUGGCUCUCUGCAUGCAUACACUGUACAGUGAUGUGAAAAAGUAUUUGCCCCAUACUAAACCUGAGUAAACACACAAAAUAAAUAAAUAAAUAAAUAAAUAAAUAAAUAAAUAAAUAUAUACAUACACAUACACACACUCACACACUGGAAAAAAGUUAAACCCCCAUCA